UGUAUGUAUACAAUUUGACAGCACAGCUGAUUUUGUUGACGAUCCUGCGGGCUGUUCCAAAAUUUCUUUUUUCUUUCUUUCUGACCCGAAAAAAUUGCAAAAAUCCCCUGAAGUCGUGGAAAAACUUGAGUGAAAAUGGGAAAUCAACUUGUGGGCAUUGCGCCCAGUCAAAUCUUCCCGGUGGAGCACUACCUGACGGGAUCUUUCUUCGAUGCUGAUCUCAUUCAGUAUGAGACAAGUAUGGGCAGUACGAGAUUCUUCAAAGUGGCCAGGGCAAAGUCCGAGGAGGGAUUGUUGGUGAUAAAGGUGUUUGUGAAGCACGAUCCGAGUCUUCCGCUUGAGUGUCAUGCAGAGAAGUUGGAUUUCAUCAAGAAGAACCUCUCCAAUGCCGUCAAUUGUCUCCCAUUCCAGCGAGUUGUGCUUACGGAGAAAGCAGGACUCAUCAUGAGGGAGUUUGUGAAGCACAGUCUCUACGAUAGGGUCUCAACGAGACCCUUUCUCACGGCAACAGAGAAGAAAUGGAUCACAUUCCAGGUUCUCUGUGCUCUGCAUCAAUGCCACAAACAGAAAAUCUGCCACGGAGACAUAAAAUUGGAGAAUAUUCUCAUAACUUCGUGGAAUUGGAUCCUCCUGGCGGAUUUUGCCUCGUUCAAGCCAACAUUCUUGCCUGAAGAUAAUCCUGCGGACUACACGUACUUCUUUGACACGAGCCGCCGGAGAACGUGCUAUAUUGCACCUGAAAGAUUCAUCCCAAUGGCAAAUGAUGCUCAACCCCGCGAUGGGCCCCUCGUGGGUGAUAGUCCGUGCUAUUUUGGCAAUCUCACACCGGAAAUGGAUAUUUUUUCCGCUGGAUGUGCCCUCCUGGAGCUAUGGUGCGAGGGAACGGCUCCCUUUGAGUUCUCCCAGCUUCUGGCGUAUCGCAAGGGGGAUCAGGAGCUGGUGACGAAGCACCUCAAUGGCAUUGAUAAUCCCCGCUUGAGGAAUCUUCUCUCCUCGAUGCUCCAUCGGAAUCCGGCAGAGAGGAAAUCUGCUGAGAUUUAUCUUGAUCAGGAGAGGGGGGCGCUGUUUCCGGAGUAUUUCUACACCUUCCUCCAGUCCUACAUGCAGAUGUUCAGUUCGAUUCCCAUUAUGCCGCUAGAUGAUAAGAUUAUGCGUCUUCAUGCGGAUAUUAAGCAGAUAAUUGAGAUGCUCACGGGGGUGGAUCCAAAUGGGGAAGGGGUGGAGAAGGUGCAGCGACAGGAGAAGCCCGAAAAGGCUGCUGAUGAUGAUGGUUUGAUCCUCGUGACGACGGCUGUGACGGCAAAUAGCCGAGGGUUGCACUACUGCAACAGCAAACUCUGUUGCAUGGAGAUUCUGCAGGAUUUGGCGGAAUUUACAGCGUCGGAAGUAAUUCUGGAUCGUAUCCUUCCGACUAUUUUGUACUUCACGAAAGAUACAACCCCGCGGGUUCGUGCCACGGCCAUUGAUACGCUUACAUCGUGCCUCCGGAUGGUGCGGAAGCUCCCGCGGAGUGAUGCAAAUGUCUUUCCGGAAUAUGUUUUCCCGAUUAUUUCAAGCCUUGCCACGGAUACGGCAAAUGGGGUUAGGGUGGCACUGGCGAAGAAUUUGGGGGAUUUAGCGGAGACAAGUGUGAGAUUCCUCGAGCAAACGCGCCUCAAUUGUCCCUCAGAAUAUCACCAGGUGCGGUAUGAUAGGGAAAUGUCCGUUCUGCAUGACAUGGUGCAGCUGAUGACGUCCAGCCUGCUGACGGAUUCACAGGGAAUUGUCAAGCAAACCCUCAUUGAGGCGGACAUAACGAAAUUGUGUAUUUUCUUUGGGAAGAAUAAGGCAUACGAUGUGAUUUUGAGCCACAUGAUUACCUUCCUCAAUGACAAGGAGGAUAAGCAUCUUCGGGGUUCCUUCUUUGAGUGUAUUGUGGGGGUAGCAGCAUACGUGGGGUGGACGUGUUCAGAGAUCCUCAUGCCGCUCCUGCAGCAGGGCUUAACGGACACGGAAGAGAUGGUCAUUGCGAAGGCAAUCAGGGCAAUGUCAGCUCUUGCCGAACUUGGGCUUGUGGAGAAGCCUGCUUUGGUGGCAUUUAUCAAGGAAGCCGCCUGCUAUAUGAAUCAUCCCAAUGGAUGGAUUAGGCAUGAAAUUUGUGGCCUUAUAGCCACGGCAACGCGUACCCUGACAGCUCUGGAUGUUCAGUGUAAGAUUGUUCCGGCUAUAGCGGAUAAUCUCACCACAUCCCUCAUCCUCAUUGAUCACACAGAGAUCCUGAUGGAUUGCCUUCAGCCACCGAUUCCACGGGCAGUGUACGACAGUGUGGUGAAAUUCACGGAUGUGGCGCACUUUUUCCGGGCUCUCGAGGAACGCAGGGAGGCACGGGCAAGGGUGGCUGAUGGGCUCCUUCCGCAGUAUGGGGGUGAAUCCGGAACGGCCAUUAGGAACCUCUUCCGGCGCCUCAAUGCGGAGGGUUUGACGGAUUUAGCGGAGAAGCAACUCCUGGCAAUGGAGAGUCACAUCGUGAAGAUGAAUAAGUACAAAUUAGCAGAGCCGAAGAGUCUCUCCGACGGCAGAAUGACAUUCUCCCGGAAGAUGGGAAUUGCGCAUGAAGUGGAAUUGCUGGAGAAGACACAUAAAGCUGAUGCAAAUGCCGCGAGGAAAACCCGGAAAGUUGACGUGGAUAUGGCAAUGAAUUCCGAAUGGCAACACAUGUUUGGGGUGCUGGACAUCAAUUCCGUUUCCCCGUCGUCGCCAUCUAAUGAAUCUGGGGCAUCUGUUGGGGUUGUGAGUACACCCCCGAUGGUUAAUACGCAAGUUCAGCCAACACCAACAUCCUCCCUAGUGGAGUACAGCAUGCCUGAAAGGAGUUUCCUCCAGGAGCGUCUGUCAGAGUGUCGCCUGGACUUGGAGGCAUUGCAGACAAAGAUGAAGACUGAGCACUCUGUCAUGGCGCUCAAUCGAGACUACGAUCCAUUCGCCUACUACGCUCCAAUUCCCCCCAAUUGGCGCCUCAAGGGGACCCUCGUGGCCCAUCUUCACGAACAUCGUCGGGCUGUGACACGCCUGAGCCCGCUGAAAACCUUCGGAUCGUACUUUGCAUCCGCCUCAGUGGAUGGAACAGUCCGGUUGUGGGAUUGCAACAAACUCGAUGGGCAUCAGUCAAUUAAUCGCUCCCGACAGACCUAUUCAGCCAAUACGCCUCUCUAUUCUCUUGCUUCCUGCGAUGCAGGGCAAUCACUGGCUGUUGCAGGGAAGGAUGGAACUCUCCUGCUAUUGCGGAUUGAUCCGAAUUCCAGCAAAAUGGCCCUUCAGCAGGCAAUUCAAUUUGAUCCGGAUCCAAAGUACGACAAAGGGAAUGUGGAGGCAAAUGAUGGUCCCGUUGUGGAUAUGCAGCCACUCGAUCAGGGUGCACAGAGUCUCAUUGUCUUCACAACACUCUACGGGGGGAUUGUUGGAUGGGAUAUUCGUGCACCCGGGUAUGCGUGGCGACUGCAGAGUGAUCUCAAGAAUGGCGUCAUCACGACACUCUGUGUUGAUCCAACAAGCUCCUGGCUUGCUGUGGGAACCAGCGGUGGAAGACAUUCCUUCUGGGAUCUGCGUUUCAAGCUACCAAUUGCUGAAAUUCGGCAUCCACAUGACGCUCGUAUUCGGAGGAUUGCCUGCCAUCCGACCGAGAGAUCUUCCAUUAUUUCCGCAUCGCAGGGCAACAAUGAGGUGUACAUUUACAACAUUGAGACGAAUCACAGGCAAAUGGCGCUGUGGUCAAGCACAGCUCCACCGCUUUCCAAUACAAAUCCCUCAAAUCAUUCCGCAAUUGCCCUCCUGCCGGGAAUUUCGGAUAGAUCUGAGUUCCUCUUGACAGCGGGUACGGAUCAGAGGAUUCGACAUUGGGAUUUGCGGGAUCACACCAACUGUAGCCUUGUUGUACCUUCGCCCAAAGAUCAUCUGUCAACAAGCGAUACGUCCUACGAAUAUCGCCUGAUUGACGGGACGAAGGUGAUUCAGGAGAUCGACACACGCACCCAAUCGACUCUCUCAGCUCCCGUUGGGGCACGAAAUAGCAGCGAAGAAGUCCCCCGAUCGGGUCCGGAGCCACCUGCUCCGGGGCACAUUGACAUCAUAACUGAUCUUGUGCUGUGUAAAUCAACAAAACAAACCUUCGUUGCGUCCUCGAGUCGUGAUGGAGCCAUCAAAAUAUGGAAGUAAGUUGACAAAUUUUCAUUUCUUCUAAUUCUCCUCUUCAACAUGAUUUUAUUUACGCUUAAAAUAAUUGUAAAAUGUAUUAAAAAAAAAUUAAAUAUAAUAUCAAAAAUAUAAAGUGUUACAAGUAAA